AUGGCAGAAUGCCAACGGCACCACCUUCCUCCGGAAUCACCGCCACGGCAACAACAACCACAAAACUACCCUCCACCACCCAAAAUGAGUCCGGAGCAAAAACGCCCGAAAAACAAGGAUGCCUACUCAAACUACUACCAAACCAGUGACUCCUACAGAGCUAUCUGCACCUGUCUCACCAUCGUCCUCCUCGUUCUCGGCGCCAUCGCCCUCACACUCUGGCUUAUCUACCGCCCCCACAAGCCGCAGUUCACCGUCGCUGCGGCUGCCAUCUACUCCCUCAACGCCACCUCACCUCCCUCUCAAAUCUCCACCACCAUGCAGUUCACCAUCGUCACCCGCAACCCUAACCACAGAGUCUCCAUACGCUACGAUCGUCUCCAGGCCUUUGUGGCCUACCGAAACCAAGCCAUCACCCAGCAGGUGAUGCUUCCACCGCUGGCCCACCGGCGCCGCAGCAGCGUGGCUGUGUCGCCUGUGCUUGGGGGAGUACCGGUGCCGGUGUCAGCGGAGGUGGUGAACGGUCUGAUGAUGGACGAGGCGUAUGGGGUGGUGAGGCUGAGGGUGGUGGUGGUGGGGAGACUGAGGUGGAAGAUAACGGGACUGGAUAUAAGGACCGGGCAUUAUGGGAUCUACGUCAAGUGUGAUGUGCUGGUUGGAUUGAAGAAAGGGUUCGUGGGUCAAGUUCCAUUGCUGGGUACACCUGCUUGUAAAGUUGAUAUAUGAUCGAGUAGAUUCUUGGUUGUUGCAGACUUGCAUUAGAGUAUUUCUGUAGUUAAUUAAGUUUUCGUUAGUUUAUUUUAUUAUGUAUUUGAGCAUGAAGAUGAACAAAGAUAAUGAUC